AUGUCUAAACCAGCAAAAAUCGUUUUCUGCAUUCUUGAUGGACUUGGAGAUACCACACACACACUUCCAGAUGGAAGAAAAGGCACAUGCCUUGAAAUGGCGAAGCGACCAACUUUGGAUGCAAUCGCGAAAGCUGGUACAGUUGGACUCAAUGAUUCCGUUUCACCAGGUUAUCCAUGCGGAAGUGAUACUGCUCACCUUUCUCUUUUCGGCUAUCCUCCAUUCACAUAUUACAACGGCCGUGGUGCUUUCGAAGCAUUAGGCGGCGGCAUGGACAUGGAGCCAGGUUCUAUUGCCUUCAAAUCCAACUUCUCUACAAUGUAUGGCGAAUGCGUCAAAUAUCGUCGCUGCGACCGUCAUUUCGAAGUUGAAGGUCCAAUCCUCUGCAAGGAUCUUGAUGGUAUCAAGAUUCCAGAGUUCCCAGAAGUCAAGGUUUCCGUUGUUUACGCUACAGAACACCGUUGCGCUGUCAAGAUUUUGGCUCCAGGCUUAUCAGACAAGAUCGCAGGUACAGAUCCAAUUCACGAUGACCUCGAUCUCAUCAAAUCAUACCCACUCGAUGACUCCCCAGAAGCUGCUUACACUGCAAAAGUUGUUAAUGCUCUUUCGGACACAUUCAGAAAGGCCCUCGAGAACCAUCCAAUCAAUAUCGAGAGACGCAAGCAAGGCAAAGAAGUUGCCAACGUCAUUCUUCUCCGUGGCCCAGGCAUGAGACUUUCUUGCCAACCAUUUGGCGAAAGACAUAACAUUAAGGCAUUCCUUAUUGCCCCAACAGCCAUCAUUGCUGGCCUUGGUAUCUCUGUUGGCCUCCCAGUCAUCAAAGUUAAGGGUGCUACAGGAGAUAUGGAUUCUAAUUUCAACGCUAAGGCAAUUGCAGCCGCACAAGAACUCGAUGGCGACAAAUACGAUAUGGGCAUCAUCCACAUGAAAGGAAUCGACGAUGCUGCUCAUGAUGGCAAAAUUGCCGUCAAAACAGAAUUAAUCGAACGUGCUGACAAGGCAAUUCAUCUUCUCAUCGAAAAACUCGCAGAGCUUGAAGAAAAGAACGGUGACAGAUUCAUCGUCGCAGUUACAGCCGAUCACUCUACAUCUUGCACAUGGAAGGACCACUGCUUCGAGCCAGUUCCUUUCAUCGUUGCUGAGGUUGCAAAGGUCGCUCAGGAACUCGGAAUCAAGCACGUUGAUCAGUCAAAGAAGCCAGAACUCGUUCCAACAGAUUCAGUUCACGAAUUUACAGAAACUGCUGCUUGCAAGGGCUCCCUUGGAAGAUUCUGUGGUGCACAGAUGAUGAACCUCCUCUUCCACUUCGCUGGACGCAAGCAGGAGUAA